AUGCCCCAUUGUCAUGCCAUCACCACCCAUCCUGCCUAUUGCCAUCACCACCCAUCCUACCUAUUGCCAUCCCCACCCAUCCUGCCUAUUGCCAUCACCACCCAUCCUGCCUAUUGCCAUCACCACCCAUCAUGCCUAAUGCCAUCACCACCCACCAUGCCUAUUGCCAUCACCACCCACCAUGCCUAUUGCCAUCACCACCCACCAUGCCUAUUGCCAUCACCACCCACCAUGCCUAUUGCCAUCACCACCCACCAUGCCUAUUGCCAUCACCACCCACCAUGCCUAUUGCCAUCACCACCCACCAUGCCUAUUGCCAUCACCACCCACCAUGCCUAUUGCCAUCACCACCCACCAUGCCUAUUGCCAUCACCACCCACCAUGCCUAUUGCCAUCACCACCCACCAUGCCUAUUGCCAUCACCACCCACCAUGCCUAUUGCCAUCACCACCCACCAUGCCUAUUGCCAUCACCACCCACCAUGCCUAUUGCCAUCACCACCCACCAUGCCUAUUGCCAUCACCACCCACCAUGCCUAUUGCCAUCACCACCCACCAUGCCUAUUGCCAUCACCACCCACCAUGCCUAUUGCCAUCACCACCCACCAUGCCUAUUGCCAUCACCACCCACCAUGCCUAUUGCCAUCACCACCCACCAUGCCUAUUGCCAUCACCACCCAUCAUGCCUAUUGCCAUCACCACCCAUCAUGCCUAUUGCCAUCACCACCCACCAUGCCUAUUGCCAUCACCACCCACCAUGCCUAUUGCCAUCACCACCCACCAUGCCUAUUGCCAUCACCACCCACCAUGCCUAUUGCCAUCACCACCCAUCAUGCCUAUUGCCAUCACCACCCACCAUGCCUAUUGCCAUCACCACCCACCAUGCCUAUUGCCAUCACCACCCAUCAUGCCUAUUGCCAUCACCACCCACCAUGCCUAUUGCCAUCACCACCCAUCAUGCCUAUUGCCAUCACCACCCACCAUGCCUAUUGCCAUCACCACCCACCAUGCCUAUUGCCAUCACCACCCACCAUGCCUAUUGCCAUCACCACCCACCAUGCCUAUUGCCAUCACCACCCACCAUGCCUAUUGCCAUCACCACCCACCAUGCCUAUUGCCAUCACCACCCACCAUGCCUAUUGCCAUCACCACCCACCAUGCCUAUUGCCAUCACCACCCACCAUGCCUAUUGCCAUCACCACCCACCAUGCCUAUUGCCAUCACCACCCACCAUGCCUAUUGCCAUCACCACCCACCAUGCCUAUUGCCAUCACCACCCACCAUGCCUAUUGCCAUCACCACCCACCAUGCCUAUUGCCAUCACCACCCACCAUGCCUAUUGCCAUCACCACCCAUCAUGCCUAUUGCCAUCACCACCCAUCAUGCCUAUUGCCAUCACCACCCACCAUGCCUAUUGCCAUCACCACCCACCAUGCCUAUUGCCAUCACCACCCACCAUGCCUAUUGCCAUCACCACCCACCAUGCCUAUUGCCAUCACCACCCACCAUGCCUAUUGCCAUCACCACCCACCAUGCCUAUUGCCAUCACCACCCAUCAUGCCUAUUGCCAUCACCACCCACCAUGCCUAUUGCCAUCAGCACCCACCAUGCCUAUUGCCAUCACCACCCACCAUGCCUAUUGCCAUCACCACCCACCAUGCCUAUUGCCAUCACCACCCACCAUGCCUAUUGCCAUCACCACCCACCAUGCCUAUUGCCAUCACCACCCAUCAUGCCUAUUGCCAUCACCACCCACCAUGCCUAUUGCCAUCACCACCCACCAUGCCUAUUGCCAUCACCACCCACCAUGCCUAUUGCCAUCACCACCCACCAUGCCUAUUGCCAUCACCACCCACCAUGCCUAUUGCCAUCACCACCCACCAUGCCUAUUGCCAUCACCACCCACCAUUCCUAUUGCCAUCACCACCCACCAUGCCUAUUGCCAUCACCACCCACCAUGCCUAUUGCCAUCACCACCCACCAUGCCUAUUGCCAUCACCACCCACCAUGCCUAUUGCCAUCACCACCCACCAUGCCUAUUGCCAUCACCACCCACCAUGCCUAUUGCCAUCACCACCCACCAUGCCUAUUGCCAUCACCACCCACCAUGCCUAUUGCCAUCACCACCCACCAUGCCUAUUGCCAUCACCACCCACCAUGCCUAUUGCCAUCACCACCCACCAUGCCUAUUGCCAUCACCACCCACCAUGCCUAUUGCCAUCACCACCCACCAUGCCUAUUGCCAUCACCACCCACCAUGCCUAUUGCCAUCACCACCCACCAUGCCUAUUGCCAUCACCACCCACCAUGCCUAUUGCCAUCACCACCCACCAUGCCUAUUGCCAUCACCACCCACCAUGCCUAUUGCCAUCACCACCCACCAUGCCUAUUGCCAUCACCACCCACCAUGCCUAUUGCCAUCACCACCCACCAUGCCUAUUGCCAUCACCACCCACCAUGCCUAUUGCCAUCACCACCCACCAUGCCUAUUGCCAUCACCACCCACCAUGCCUAUUGCCAUCACCACCCACCAUGCCUAUUGCCAUCACCACCCACCAUGCCUAUUGCCAUCACCACCCACCAUGCCUAUUGCCAUCACCACCCACCAUGCCUAUUGCCAUCACCACCCACCAUGCCUAUUGCCAUCACCACCCACCAUGCCUAUUGCCAUCACCUGCCUCCCCCCACCUCCCUGCAGGGGCUUCGCCACCAACGCUGUCCCACCCACCCACCCGUCAACACCCGUGCUGGUCAGCCGUGCGUGGUGCAGCAAACCCGCUCCUCGCAGUUCUGCCUCGCCUGCCCCGACUUCUGCUCCUCCUGCUCCAACAGCCCUGCCCCUUCCCCUGGCUCUCCUGCUAGCCCCCCUCCUCCUCCUCCAUCCACCAGCACUCCUCCUCCUCUUCCUCCUCCUCCUCCUCCUCCUUCCACAGAUACACCUCCCUCCACUUCCUCCUCCCCCUCCUCCUCCUCGUCCGGCCUGCCUCUGGGAGCUAUCAUCGGCAUUGCUGCUGUGGGGGGCGUACUCGUUGUUGUCCUCCUCGUUAUUGGGCUGUUUCUGCUGUGGAAGCGAAGGUCCAGCCCCCAAGGCCAGGAGCAGCCCAAGGACGCACAAGCAAGCGACGGGGCAACAGAAGCCGGAGAGGUGUCGGCCAUGCCGAACCAGGCGCACAUGUGCCAGCGCUACUCCUUUGCCACUGUGGCCAAGGCGACUGACAACUGGGCAGAAGGAAACCCUGUUGACUGCGCUGUUGUGGAGGAGAUGGCAUCAAAGAGCCAUCCGCACUUGGUGCAGUUGCUGGGGUACUGUGUGGACAUCGAUAUGAUGACAGAGCACCACGAGCAGAUCGUCAUUUAUGAGUUCUGCUCCAAAGGGGACCUCGAGAAGUACCUCACUGGAGAUUUCGGGCUGGUGCGCAUGACAGAGGGCACCACAGUGAAUCCCACCCGAGUGGUCGGCACUCCAGGCUAUGUGGACCCCGCUUACUCGCGCACCAACAAGGCCACGCCCAUGGCUGACGUCCAUAGCUUUGGCGUGUUGGUGCUAGAGGUCAUGCUGACGCGACCUGCUGUGGCGGAAGAGAAGGGCGUCAACACCAGCAUCAAGGACUGGGACGUCCAAGGCCUCAAGGACCCUCAUCUUGAAAGCAUUCCUAGCGAGCUGCUUUUGCAAGUCGUUGAGCUCGCGCUGCGGUGCACCGGCAUGCCUGCUUCCUCACGCCCGCACAUGCGAGAAGUCGCCGCGCGAUUGGACGCUCUCUCAAAGGAGUUUCUGCAGAACACGACACCGAAAGCGGAUUCACGUCUCGAGAGCAUCGACCAGGAGGUCGCAAUGCGGCACCCCGAGCAGAGCUUGGAUGAUGAGUUUCUGCGCAUUGAUGUGCUCUCUGGUGCAUGUGAUUGA